UUCGUCUAUCGAUCACAUUUUACAAUGAUUGUCGUAAUAAAACAAUAAUCGGUCGGGAGCCAGUGAUAUUUCGUCUUCAGGAAAGACUUAUGCCAGCUGCAUGUUAACUACUGCAACGGCACUUGCGCACUCCUAUAAAUGAGGUCGAAAUGUCCAUGGGCUUGUCCACGGCUGUUGAUGCUACAGGCACUUAUACAGUCUCCAGUAAUCCACUCAAUUCUUCAUGUGAUCUUUACAUUGAAAACCGAAUACCAUGUCGUCAAAUUUCAGACUACUUCAUCCGCAGUAAUACUGAAGUGAACACUCAUUUAAUUAGUGAUAGAUGGUUGCAAUCGGACAGCUACAUCACCAGUGUUGCGAUUGACAAUUACUUACCUAUUCAAAUAGGACAGGCAAGUGUAAGAAAAUCGUUGUAUGCCUUAGUUAGGUGUAUGUCCGAAGAGCAAUUUUCUAUCGUGUAUAACAAUGCAUAUCAAGUUGUUUACGGUAGGACACCUCCAGCGCCACCGACCUUACCUGCUGUUACAGAGUUUCAGAUCGAAACCUCUACUUCCAUUAAUGUUAAAAUAUCGUUGAUCCAUCAGACAGAAGUUACCAGCUCUCAACGUAACGUCAAUAUGGAUGCAACGUUAAGCAACGACGAGGAAGAAAUUGUUUCGAUUAACUCAGAGGAGUUCACUGAGCUAGACGACGACAAUGACGAAAACGCGUAUGACAACAGACUGUGUGAUAUUUGUUAUCUUGCUCAACCGCCACAUAAAACUCUUGAUGGAAGUACCUGAAUUUCUUGUCGAUGCGAUGCAAUGUUUCAUUUAUUUUGUGCCUACAACCCAUCACCACUUGUCCAUGGAAUUCAAUGUCCCGUGUGCGGCGCUAUAACGGAGUCAUAGCAACUUUUUUGUUCAUGAAAUUCGGAAGUGUUAAGAGAACCAGUAAAGGCCCUUUUCAGGGCCACCCACAAUUUGAUUUAAAUUCCUUUGUUUCAACUCCUUAUUUCCAUAGCGAAGGUCAAGUGAUCAAACCCUCAAAAUUCAUUUAAGAUUAAUAAUCAUUAUGUGAUUAUCGCCCACGUAUUCGUAAACGCUUUUUAAGCUUUAUCAAAUAUACGGUUUAAGUAA